AUGUACUCGGUGGCCUCCGAGCUGGGAGGUCCCCGUGGUGCUGGACAACAAUCGCAGCAGGUCUCAACGACCACGCUGCUCAACGCCAUUCACAACAUCUACUUGUCAUCUCAGCCGUACAGGCUGGAUGCGGGAACCAGUAUUGCUGUCAACACAUGGCUCAUCGCGAGCCAACCGGGUCCUGAUGGCCGUUCUGGAGGCACAGUCGACUCGGCCCUCGCGGCACGAGCCUGGGAGCACGCCCGUCGCCGCGCGGAGGAUAGUUGCAUCAUCCUUGGCUCGCUGCACAAUUCGACGCCCUCGUUGAUCCAGCCUUUCCUAUCUGCGAUGCCAUUCUCGAUCCCGUCCACCCUUUAUACUGCCCUUGAGGCCGUCAAGCCAAUGAUUCGUUAUGUCACACCAUACAAUCCGUCGACUCCUGGCCAGGUUGCUCUCGGUGUCACUUUGACCCUCAAUCUCACCGGCACUCUCAACGGUGCCAGCAUUGCUCUGUCUCAAAGUGGCAUCGACACGGCCAAGGGUCUGUUGAACGUACCGGCGGAGCCUGGCUACCGUGCGUUCGACGUAUUCUACUACCUGCUUACCUCUGCUUCGACGCCCGCGGAGCGCGAAUUCCUUGGUCUCAAGGCUGCAUCCAGUUAUUCGUUGCUCGCCAAGUCUGGCACUUAUGGCCCGCCAUCAUACCUCCCUACAGCAGAUGAUUCUGCUGCUGCGGACGACUUCCGCAACGCUCUCAAGGAGAUUGGCAUCAAGGGAUCGGCCCACCGCAACUUCAUCUCGACUCUUGCUGGACUUCUCAAGCUCGGCAACACUCUUGAUUACAACGUCGAUGGUGAUGUCCUUGAUGACAUCUGCGAGGACGUCGGUGGCCUCCUCGGACUCGAUCCUGAAGUGCUUGCCCGUCAAUGCACUACCGAGGAUCGGCAGACACUUGUGGGCGGCCUUUACGAGGCGCUUGUGGACUGGGUCAUCACCAAGGCGAACGCUGCCAUUGCUGUCCAGAUGGCGCGUGUUCGCGAUGGAGUCGAAUCGAUCGACGGCCGCGGAGCUCCAACUGCCCAUUCGCAAGAAGACAACGGUGACACCGUAUGCCUUUCCGUCAUCGAGAUUCCUGACCCCUCAGUAGGCAAGGCUGUCGCAAUGCGAGGCAUCUUCGAUGAUGCUCAAGGCAUCAAUGCUGAGAUGAAAGAAGACGGUGUGGAUGUGCCUUCACCAGGGACUUCGGUCAUUCGUGAGAUGCAGAACGCUGUUGCAGAAGUCGGGCCACACCUCGGCGUGAUGACCGGUCCAGCCGGCCGUGAUCGCCAGCACGAGCUCGAAAAGCGCGAGGUCGUCCUCGAGAAGGUUGCAUACGCAGGUGAUGAGGAUGGGUUUCUUCGCAAGCUGCUCUUCCCUGUCCCUAAUGCUGGCAUCAAUCUCGGUCAGAACGCCCGCCUGGACCUCGCCGCGAUCCUCAGUGCUAGCCGUGUGUGGUAUCACCUUUCCAUCCACCCUACGGACGAAACCCCUGCCAGUCUGGCUGCGCUGCCAUCGGUAAACUCUGCCUGGUCAGCAGGUACAGUUUCUCGCCAGCUCCGAGCAUGGAGACUGCCGGAGUGGGCCAACAGGCAGAACAGGAACCUCGAUUUUACUGCUGACUUUGACCUUGACGAAUUUGUCCAACGCUUUGGUCCUCUCGGUUGCAGGGAGGGCAAAGACGGCAUCGAAGCAUGGAUAAUUGAACGCGGCUGGAGCAACGGGGAGGUGGUAGUAGGCAAGGACCGCGUCUGGAUGCGUGAGAACGCGUGGUGGGAGGCUGAGAGCAUGCUUGACCUAAAGCCCGCUGAUCAUGGCAUGAACAACUUGCCGAUGGGUAUGGGAAUGGGUCCAGGUAUGGCAAAUCAGAAUAUCUUCAUGACCCCUGCCGAGACUGGUUACUCGUCUGUCCACAAUGGCAGUGGCUUCUUCCCGCCAAUGGCCGAGGGCUCGACCGGCAGCCAAGACGGUCUGGUCCACCACCGCAACCAGAGCCAAUAUUCUAUCGGCCACAGCCCUCUCGCCCCCCCGUCCAUUGCACCAAGCGCCAAGCGCAGCAUCCACAACACCACUGGUGACUACGGUCUCGGUAUCAAGGGUGAUGCCAUGCAGAACCACGUAUUCUACACAAGCGAUGGCGAGUUCAUGAACAAUCUGGACCCGGCUUUGGCCAAGGGAAAACAUGUCGAGACACAGCAGACGACGUUUGGGCGUCGUGUCUGGGUCGGAUUUGUUUGGGCUUUGACUUUCUGGAUUCCGUCCCCCCUUCUUUCCGUCAUUGGUCGCAUGAAGCGGCCUGAUGUCCGCAUGGCUUGGAGAGAGAAGUUCGUCCUCUGCUUCUUCAUCCUACUCAUGAACGCAGCGAUUGUUUUCUGGAUCGUCGGUAUUGGCUUGAUUGUGUGCCCAGACUUCGACAAAGCAUGGUCCACGAAAGAAGUCGCCUUCCAUGGAGGCGAGGAUGAUUAUUGGGUCAGCUUCCAUGGAAAAGUCUAUGACAUGACGAAGUUCUGGAGGCUCCCGCACAGCGACACCAAUAUCCCUACCACUCCUGAAAACAUGAUUCAGUUUGCUGGAAAGAAUCUUGAUGGCUAUUUCCCGGCCCCUCUACCUAUGCUCUGCCCUGGACUCGGGACUGACGACACAAUGGAAUUGAUGCUGAACAACACUCUGGAGUUCGAAAUUGGCAAGCAUGUAUCUGGCAGGCUACAGACUGACCCGACUUCUGCCCUCCACGACCCGAACUGGUAUCCGAAUACCUUCUUGCCGAAGAUGAAGGAAUACUACAAGGGUAGCCUGGUCUGGGACAUGGCAGAAGUCGCGCAAGACGGCAGCAAGAACAGUCACAUGUGGUUCGCGUACAAUGGCGGAAUCUACGACUUGACCGACUACUUCAAGACGACCGACUACUACAAGAACUUCCCCCAAUACAACUUCUUGGAUGACGGUAUUGUCGAUCUGGUCCAGAGCAAUCCGGGACAGGAUAUCACUAGCUUGGUUGAUUCCAAGUUCCGAGCAGCCGCAUCGAACGCCACCACCACCGCCAGGAUGAAAAACACCAUCAACUGCCUUAACAAUGCGUUCUACAUAGGCAUUCCUGACUUCCGCUAUUCUGCUCGCUGCCAGGCGAACAACUACAUUCUGAUAGCGUUCACGAUCAUCAUCUGUUCUGUCAUCGGUGUCAAGUUCCUCGCUGCUCUUCAAUUCGGCUCCAAGCGUCGCCCUUCGCCCCAGGAUAAAUUCAUCAUUUGUCAGGUUCCUGCCUACACCGAAGGCGAGGAAUCCUUGCGGAAGGCUCUGGACUCGCUCACAGCUCUUCAGUACGACAACAAGAGGAAGCUCAUCUGCGUCAUCUGCGACGGUGUCAUCGUUGGUGAGGGCAAUGAUCGUCCUACUCCGAAGAUUGUUCUCGAUAUCCUUGGCGUCGACCCUAAGCUUGACCCUCCUGCCCUUCCCUUCAAGUCUAUCGGCACUGGCAUCGAGCAGCUGAACUACGGCAAAGUGUACUCGGGUCUCUACGAGUUCGAGGGCAAUGUUGUCCCCUACGUGGUUGUCGUCAAGAUUGGCAAGGAGUCCGAGCAGUCCAAGUCGAAGCCUGGUAAUCGUGGAAAGCGUGACUCGCAGAUUCUUCUCAUGAGCUUCCUGAACCGCGUUCACCACCGUGCUCCAAUGAACCCUCUCGAGUUGGAAAUGUUCCACCAGAUCAACAACGUCAUUGGUGUCGAUCCAGAGUUGUACGAAUACCUCUUCAUGGUUGAUGCUGACACAUCUGUCCGGGAGGAUUCCCUCAACCGACUGGUCGCUGCUUGCGCCAACAACUCAAAGAUUGCCGGCAUUUGCGGCGAGACAGCUCUGCAGAACGAAGAGCGCAGUUGGUGGAGUAUGAUUCAGGUCUACGAGUAUUAUAUCUCUCACCACCUCUCCAAGGCCUUCGAAUCUCUCUUCGGAAGUGUUACUUGUCUUCCCGGAUGUUUCUCCAUGUACCGCCUGCGCUCCGCCGACAAGGGCAAGCCUCUCAUCAUUUCCGACAACAUCAUCCGAGAGUACAGCGUCUGCAAGGUCGACACCCUGCAUAUGAAGAACCUCUUGUCGCUUGGUGAGGAUCGUUUCCUGACGACUCUAAUGACCAAGUACUUCCCUGAAAUGUCGUACAAGUUCAUUCCCGAUGCCUACUGUCAGACUGCAGCCCCUGAGACAUGGAGUGUCCUGCUGUCUCAGAGACGUCGCUGGAUCAACUCAACCAUCCACAACUUGUGUGAGCUGGUCAUGCUCAAGGACAUGUGCGGUUUCUGCUGCUUCUCUAUGCGCUUCGUCGUCUUUAUCGAUCUCUUCGGUACAAUCAUCCUACCCGCGACUGCGGUGUACAUUGGCUGGCUCAUCUACAAGGCUACGUCAGGCGGCCAGUUCCCCUGGAUCUCCCUCGUAAUGAUCGCCGCCGUGUACGGUCUUCAGGCGCUCAUCUUCAUCGUCAAGAGGCAGUGGCAGCACAUUGGUUGGAUGAUUAUCUACCUGCUCGCGUUUCCGAUCUACAGUGUCGUUCUCCCCAUCUACUCCUUCUGGAACCAGGACAACUUCACAUGGGGUAACACGAGAAUCGUCAUUGGCGAGAAGGGUGACAAGCAAGUGGUUGCUGUCACAAACGACCCAUUCAACCCGCAGGAUGUGCCGUUGCAAUACUGGGAUGUGUAUGCCCAGGCUAACAACCUUCCUGGCCGUCGUGGUGGCCAUGCCGGCAUUCCUUCUGAGAAGGGCCACCACGAUGUCUACGAGGAUACGUAUGAGAUGGACGACAUGCGAUCUGUCUACUCUUCGGUGCGCCAGCCAUCUGUUCUGACGGGGCUUCAGGGCCGUGGAGGCUACAUGCCUCCCCAUUCGCCCGCACCAUUCCAGCAGCAGGGCUUCGCACGGCAGUCAAGCUACAGCACCAACAUGCCAUAUGCUGACAAUUCCAUGAACCGGCAAUCCAUGGCAUCUUUCGGUGGCCUCCCCCAGCGGACGGAGUCUCCCUACCAAGACUCUCCGGCGAUUGGUGGUGGUGCAUUCCGGCAACCAGGCAGUGGUUCACGGACGCCUCUGGGCAACCGUGGCCUGCACCAGUCUGUCGCCAGCUUUGAUUUCCAAAGAGGCAAUACUGGGCCUGAUGACGGCAUGAUUGUGGAAGCAAUUCAGGCCGUUCUUCGGGAGUGUGACCUUGACUCCGUGACUAAGAAGCAGCUGCGUGCCAUGGUUGAGCAAAGGCUACAGACUGAGCUUGUUGGUGAGCGCAGGACUUUCAUGGACCGCCAGAUUGACAACGAGCUGGCCAACAUGUAA